CCGAUGAUCUUGUCUCCUCUCAGCCGGGGAGGUGUCGGGGUAAACUCGGCACUUCCUCGAGCGGCCACUGAUGGUGCUUGCUGCACCAUUCGUGGCCGAAGCUGAGAGACAGACAGGGCAUCAGGUGACAGAGCAGCAACAUUGAGAAAAGAGUCGUUUAUGAGUAGCCAAGUGACACAGUUGCGUUUUGUAAUAUGUGCAAAGAAAAAGGCUAAAUAAUUACAUCAAACCUUUGAAAAACGCAAACGUUGGGAGCAGUGAGCGGCACAACUGCAGAAAGCUAGUUUUACGAGGACGAUGCCGAAAAUGCCCAGGUUUUUGCGGUUUGGUGACGCCUGACCUGAGAAAAACGUCGGAAAACACGGCAGGUCGUAUUUUAAUACCCAAUCGCAAAUGUGCUUUGUUUAUAAUUAACCUGAAAAUCCCAUUGUUGGUGAAUAAGGUCUAUUUGAAUGCGUUUAAACCCAACAAUUGAAAUCAACAUUGUCGAAUUUCAAAACGCUUAAUUUCGAUUGUUGCUCACUAUACUUAAAUGCCAUUGUUUAAAGAAUUCAUAUCAGAUUCAAGUCAGAGGCCGAAGGAGUAAGAACGUUUCUAGUGAUCGCGAUAAUGUUCUCCUUCGACGCCGAGCGGCAGCGAAAUUUGGAGAGAUUGCAGAGACUGAAAGAGCACAAACGCAAGUACAGCGUCUCCAGCUACAAGAACAACCUGAAGGAAGCGCAGCAGCUGCGAAAAACCACCAAGGACGCUGAAACACCGACGCGGGCGGUCAAGAAGCAGAGCAAUAAGGCCAGGGACGGACCCAAGGUUCAAGGACGAGAUGAAAAGAAGAAGCAGAAGGAGACCACAGAUCAUGAAGUUACAGUUGCCAUUCCAAUCAAGAGGGAUGACGUCUCUGUCGCCUUGGAUCACACUACCUUUGCCUUUACAACACAGGAACUCUUGGAGAUAAUUAAAACCCCGCUGCCCAUGAGAUCCAAGAUGAUUGCCAAAGAGGAGUCGACCAAGAUUGCUGCUGCUAAAGAGGAGACACUGCCAGUAUGUCACUCGGAAAAUAACUUGGAAAAUGCCCUCAAGUUCGUGUCCAACUCAAAGGAACAACCCCCUUCGAAUCCUGUGGCCGCAAAAGUUCCACUGCCCUUGGCCCACGCGAAAGUCACCCAAGAGCCAGAAGAGGAUGAGGUCGCUCCGAAAGUGGAGGCCAGAGCUGAGACGAAAACCAAACUGGACCUGCUGAAGGAGGGCAUCACCCUCGUUGGCUCUGUGAUGAAGAACUGGGCGAUGGCGGCGCUGCUCGUCGGAACCGGCGUCCUCAUUGCUUUUGUUGAUCAGGAGCAUGUGGACAACCUGUUGUACUCCCUGUCCACGAUCGAGAUCGUCGAGCACUUCUGAAUACGCGAGCACAUGAAGUAUUUAAAUUUAAUACUGCCACUUAGCACUUCUCAAAUUUUCCAGGUCGAAUUUUGAUUCUUUUCGCAAAUUCAAAUUUUCCAAAAACAUUUCCUGGCAUAAUGAAAGUUUUCUUAAUAGUUGAAUUAAUAGCUCUGUUUUAGGAGAACAAAAAAAAAAUAAGAAAAUGCCUUAUUAGAAUAUCCGAAUAGCAAUAUUUUGAGAGUCAUAAGUAAAAAAAAAUUUGUAAUCGACCCUUGUGAACACGAUUCUGAGGUCGGUUUUUUUUUUAAAAAAUUUCUUGUCUCCUAGUUUUACUCUAAUUAUUGCUCAAAAUUUGAAAAUUUUUGGAGGGUUAGUUAAGUUGUUACACCAUCUAAAAAUUUAUUUUACCAUACUUGCUAUUUUCUGGAAUAUUUCCCAAUUCCAUAAGGGGUCCGCGUUUUGAUGAUUAUUAGCUAUUCAGAAAUUUGAUAGCAUAUUUUUUAUGGCUGCUUUUACGACUGGAAAGUGAGGUCAAAACAAUUACGUUAAGAGAGUAUUCAACCCGAAACAAAAUUUUGAAAUAAUCCAAAUGCAGCUUGGUUCUUGGACCUCUAAAAUUUCAAAUCUUUUUCGCCGGCUUCCAGCUGUUUUUCGCAAUAGACAAAUUUCCAAACCCCUUUUGUAAAAUUCCAAACUCUUUGGAUAAAGGCAUUUUAUGUAUCAUUCAAUUUGGCACGUCAAGGAGAAGCUAGACUAAAUUUUUAACAAAUCUGAAUCGUUUUUAAAAUUUCCAUAGCUUAAUUUGGAAAUGAAAAUAAUUUACAAUUCGAGAUCUUUCCCUCCAAAAAUUUCAACUUUUUAUCUCCGCCUCUUGAUGUCUUAACGCGAGGCCACAUGAGUCCAAGUGGCCCCAGACUUGACUGAAUGUUCUCUGUGUACUCGCGUUUGACAAGGGACACAUUAUUUUUUUUUUUGCGCAUUUUGAUAAUAAUUGCAAAUUAACCAUUUGCUCAAUUCAAUAACAUUGUUCUUACGGCAGUCCUAUCUUGAAAUUAUUGUAUCUAUUCAAUACUAGAAAUAAAAGGAAACAUACUGGCGUAGGAAAAAUCAAAAUUGGUUCAGCGUGGCGCUGCAUUCAGGCGAUCACAGAUUUGUAAAGUAGGCAACCGAAGACAUUAUUUGGAUGAAAUCUUGGAUCGCCUGACUGCAGCCCCACGCUGAACCAAUUUUGAUUUUUCCAACACGCCAGUACUUUUAUUUUGCAUCUAGUAUCACAUAAACUAGGAUUGAAAAGAUAAAUCAUUUAGAGAUAGGGCUGCUAAAGAAAAACAUUAUUGAAUUUCGCAAUUUUUGAAUCGCGGAAAAAUUUUAGGAAAAAAAAUCCAAAAACGCAAGUCCAGAAUCGUGUUCAAGAGAACAGAUAACACAGAAGAACGUUUCAAAAUUUUCAACUUUUAAAAAUAUAAAGCAAUUUCUUUUUUCUGAGAAAUAAAUUUCAGGUACAUUUUUUUAUAGUUAUGCUUUCAGAAUCUUAAAAUUAAAAUAAAUCCAAA